AUGCCCAAUAUCGAUUAUAUCAUAACGGCAGAGUUCCAUGUGGACAAAGGGCCUUCCAUAGUCCAUCAACAUCCUCAGAAUAUUCCUGGCUAUGACUUUCUCCCGUUUCUUCCCGAGCUUAUGCUUCCUGACCAAAUCCAUCGUCGAGACGAGGACUUCACCCUUUUCCUCCUUUUCAAGAACAAAAGUACGGGUCAUUUCCAGUAUAAGAAUGAUGGCCAAUGUGAAGAUGAUAUUUAUUUCAUGUACACGGUUGUGAAGAAUGUCAGCGACGAUACGGUGAGGAGAGGUCUGAUAAUCAAGGCUCUCUGUAUAAUCACAAAACUACCCUAUUUCAAACAUUUCCGGCCAUUGCUCUUGAUAUGUUUGGACAGCUACUUUGAGAGUGACGACCCAAGUCUUCUCGCCGAAUUAUACACGGCUAUCAAUUCUAAUGACUUCAGCGUGAACAGCACUGAACAAUCGCUACUCAAAAGACUACUUAUCAGUCUGGUUCUCGAUUUGCCCAUCAGUGAUAAGAUAUACAAUGACGAGAAGUUCAGAAAUAAACUUUUGGGUAUCAAGAAACCAAACGAGGAAAUAUUCAUUCGCAAGGAUUUAUCCUACAACUCAGUUGUGACCUUCAGAGGUAUGAAAAUACCCGUGAAAGUGCCGCUUUUGCAGCUUCCAGACACUGUGGGAGACUACAUGAACCCAACGGAUCUUAAUCUAAAGCCCAAUCUUAUCAAUUUGUUGAGCGCUCGAUUGGCUACUGACCACCACAAUAAUGAAUUGACCAUAUACGGUCUCGCCACACCACCCAUCAUUGUUUUAAUUAAUGCAAUCUUGACGGGAAAAAGAAUCAUUUUUUUGAGUUAUGACAAUUCCGCGGGGCACAUCAUUGACUUGAUCUUGCUAACGUUAAAAGUUGUCUCAGGUGGAGGUAUACUUACUGGGAUCCUCAAGAACUAUAACGUGUUCCCGUUGAUCGAUCUUUCCAAGAUUGACAUCUUGUCUGAAUGUGAUUCCUACUUGGCGGGUACCAUUAAUCCCUUCUUCAAAGCUCACGAAGCUAUUUGGGAUCUCCUUUAUGACAUUGACGCUAAUGAGUUCCACGUUGCCUCCGCACUCAAGCAGCCCGAGAUUCUGAAAAACUCAAUCAUUAGUGAGGAUGCACGAUUCUUGUCUAAUUUGCAAUUUUCCCUUUUCACUUACAGUGACGACUUGACUACGUUACAGCUAAUAUUCCGCAGGCACAUUAAUGAGCUCAUAAGAAUCUUGGUGUCUCUGCGAAACUUUAACGAUCCUGGCAACAGGAAACGAACCCUUCUCAUGGAUGGUGUGGGAUAUUACUGGCACAGUGAUACCAGCAAGCUCGUGGAAAUGUCAUGCUACCAGAUAAUAUCCUCAAGGUUUCAAGACCUCAUGUAUUCGGGAAAGUUCUCAUACAGCUUGCUUCUUCCUAAUAUGUCCAACGAACUCAACCUUAUGAUUGACCUACAACACCACUUGCAAAAAUUAUACAAUGUGACCAAUGCCAAGACUACACCAGCGAAGGUGAACGAACGUGAGGUUUGGUUCAACAUCCUCAAGUACCUUAUUAGUGGAAAGUCUUUGGAAACGUUCCUUCUCGUCACAUAUCUAAUACCCCCAAACUCCUCGACCAGUUUACAGAGCUCCGGCGCACACGGCGGCAACAUGACGAUAUUCGACAAGAAUAAAGGUAUCGAGCUCCUACUUAUGAACUUGUUCAACCAAGACGACCAGAUCAAGCUGAAUGUGGUCAUGAUUCUCCAGGAAUUACAAGACAACUUUUUCUGCGGUUGGUGCCUCAAUAAUUUCAUGAAAUCUAAUUACGUUUAUGAGGUUGCAUUCAAUGACCUCGUGGACGCUAUGUGA